AUGUCAAAAAAAAUUGCCCAACUGACAAAGGUAAUUUAUGCGUUGAAUACUAAGAAUGAUGAACAUGAAGCUGUGGUUCAGUCUCUUAAAGAAAACCAUGAAGAGGAACUACAUCAAUUAUUGGCAGAAUCCAAGAAAAAAAUCGCAGUUUAUCAGAGUAGAAUGUCAUCGGAGUUGGAGAGUAAAAAACGUAUUGAGAAUUUGGAAGCUAGUGUCUCUAAAUAUCAACAACAGCAACAAAAAUCCUUGGCAGACUUUGAUAAUUUUAAGCGAAAUGCUGAACAACGAUUGUGUGAAUUACAGAAAGAACAUGCAACUAAAAUUGUUGAAAUUUCUCAUGCAGUGUUGGUUACGAAACAAGAAUUUGCAGAAAAUGUUGAAAAGUUUGAUGAAUUUCGAAGACGGUUUGAGUCAGAUAAAAAGCAUGAAAUAGAGGAACUUAUUAAAAAACAUGAAACAGAGUUAGAAUCUGUGAGAAAUUUCCAAGGGUCACAAAAUGAAGAAAUGACUCUGGAAGUUGCUCGUUUAACUGAAAAACAUCAGUGUGAAAUCAGUGCAUUAAAUCAAAAAUAUGAAGAAUUGCAAAAUGAAAAAUCAAAAUCUGAAGAAGAUUAUGAACUGAAGUUGCAAAAAGCUCAAGCAUUUUACGAAAAAGAAUUGGAAGUGUUAAAAAAUGAACAGUCAGCAUCACAAGAUAGUAUAAUAAAUAAUCUGAAAGAACAACAGGAAAAAUUACGUAAAGAUUUCGUAUCACAGGAGGCGGAGCUAAAGAAAAAGAUUGACAGUUUAAUCAACCAAUUAGCUGACAGUGAAGAAACAGUAGAAAAACAUCAAAAUAAAAUUAACCAGUUAGAAUCAUUGUUACAAAAUUCAGACUCAAAUUCAAGCACUCUGAAUAAUCAGACAACCAAGUUAAAAGAAGAAAGGGAGACGAUUCUCAGUGAAUUUGAAAAAGUCAAGUCAGAAUUAUUUACAAAAUUAAAAACUGCUGAAGCUGAGGUAAGUGAAACUGUUUUAAGAUGUAAUAUUUUAUAA